UGUAGCCGACUGUAUUGUAUCUCUAUAGUAAAAACGCACUUUUUAAUGCAUAAUACUGACUUUGACGCCUAGUGCUUGCGUAGAUAUCCCUAUAUAAACUUUUCUACGCUGUAACAUCAUUUAGGUUGAUCUUAAAGCGGAUGUUGUAGAAAGGGGAAAUGACAACAGACUGAGGAAGUUUCUCAAUCUGUCGAAGAGGUUCAUUCUCGGGAGAUCUGAGCGUGAUUAGUGAAGGACAGCCGCUGAUAACGGAUCAUGUGCGACGUGACGCGGGACACCCCGGUCCGGAAGCUCCGGUUCUCCGCGCUGAGAGCCCUGUCAGACCUGCUGGACCCGCAGCAGACCUGGAGGAGCGUCGCGACGGAGAUCCGCGGAGCCUCCGGAGAACCGCGCUACUCGCAGCAGCACAUCCGGAGGUUUGAGGCGGUGGUUCUGCAGGGAAAGAGUCCCACGAUGGAGCUGCUGUUCGACUGGGGAACCACAGACUGCAGUGUUGGAGAUCUGGUGGAGAUCCUGCUCCGUCACCAGCUGCUCGCCGCCGUCAGCGUCCUGCUGCCUGAUCACAGCCCCUGCCCCGCCUCUGCUGCAGGCUCCUCCAGCUCAUCGGUCAGCACACUGAAGUGUGAAGCAGUGUUGCCUCCGUCCGAGGCGUGUCUGCAGGCGUGCAUCCGUCCUGAGGUCACCAAACCUGUCAGCAGAGCCGUGGUGAGGGAGCCGGACAGCAGCAGCGUGCCGGAGGAGAACACCUGGAGCGACACUGAAGCAGGUUUCUACACGUUCACGCACCGGGAGCUGACAGUCAUGACGAGCGGCUGGGAUGACCGGCCCCUGAAGGACGGCGGGUGUUUGCUAGGCACCGGUGGCUUUGGCAUCGUGUUCAGAGGCUCUAUGAGCGGCACAGAAGUAGCUGUGAAAAAACUCAAUCCUUUGGACGGCAGCUCAUUUGAAGAACUCAAGACUCAGUUUAAUCAAGAGAUUCAAACCCUCAGGAGUCUGAAGCAUGAGAACCUGGUGAGCAUGGUGGGCUUCUCCAGCGACGGGGAGCAUCUGUGUCUGGUGUAUGAGUUCAUGCCCGGGGGGUCUCUUCUGGAGCGGCUGGCCUGUGCAGACGGGGCUUCGACUCUCUCGUGGCUCAGCAGAUGCUGCAUCAGCGCAGGAGCCGCCAGAGGACUGCAGUACCUGCAUCAGAACAACCACAUCCACCGAGACGUCAAGAGCGGGAACAUCUUAUUGGAUGAGGAGCUUGUUCCGAAGAUCUCUGACUUCGGUUUGACACGUGCCUCAGCCAAUCACACGUGCUCGACGGUCAUGACGGGGAGGAUUGUGGGUACGACGGCCUACAUGGCACCAGAGGCCCUGCGAGGAGAAAUCACUCCGAAAUCUGACGUCUUCAGCUUCGGCGUGGUGUUGCUGGAGAUCCUGUCCGGUCUUCCUCCGGUCGAUGAGGGUCGUGAUCCCAAACUGCUGAUGGAGAUGAAGGACGAGAUCGAUGAUGAGGAGCUCUCUCUGGAGGACUUCAUCGAUGGGAAGAUGCAGGGAUGGCAGAUGGAGGAGGUGGAGCGGAUGUAUGACGUGGCGUCUCAGUGUCUCUGUGAGAAGAAAAACAAAAGACCCACCAUCACAGAGGUUCUGUCUGAACUGGAAGAUCUUCAUCACAAACAUUCCCAGAGCUCCAGAUGAGCUGUUCAGGAUUCAUGGUGAUAAUGCGUCCUGAUCGGACUCCAUCGUCUCAGGAGACGGCGGAAAAAUACACCUCAAGCCACAAUCGGAGACAAAAACAUCAGAAAACAAAACAACAGAAUAACAUUUGCAUAGAAAAAUGAGCUUCCUGGCACAUGGG